AUGUCCGCCAUGGCUCCCAAUAGCGACCGCGCUUCUACAAGCAGCUCGGCCUAUGCUGACUCGGGAAAAUAUGCAUCUUGGGCCAGGAGUAGCGAUGCUGGCAGCCGAUGGGGGAAAGACAAGGAAGACGCCAACAACCUGACCGUAUCACGCCGCCGAGGUCGCAAGUCAGGAGGCUUCUUGAUGGGAAAUCUCUUUCAACCAAGAGACAGCGAAGACGACAAACCCGAGUCGCUAUCCAAACAAUCACCACGAAAGCCCUCCAGACUGAGCCAGAAUGUCUCGACUCCGCCCAACAACACCGAUCCACCACCUUCGGUACCACAGGCUUCCUUAGAUCCGACGCAGCUAGUACAAAUGGCCCUCAGUCUCAGUGAGGGUCGACGCCGUCAUGUUAGUGCUAACUUGCAAGUCCCUGCUGCUUCGACCGACAAGCGUCGCGUACGGUCUAGUGGUGCUCCUGUCGUACAUGUGUCCCCGGGCUCUCCUAUGGGCAACGACCUUCUACAACCUAAUUCCCCCGGCGAUUCUGGUUACCGCGCAUCCACCGAAGAUGACGCUAGCUUCAUGACUGGAGAAGACGUUACCUAUGAAUUCUCUCCAGCAACCCUCCAUCGCGCCGAGCGAGCACGCAAGUUCUUUGAGCUGUCGUCCGAGUAUAGACGCUUGUUGACAACCCUUCCGCCCCUGAAGCCUGCCGCCUCUGCUUCGUCUCCCCGCUCUGGAGCAAGUCAGAAAGAGCUAGGGAGAGAGUACAAUCCACUGCAACUCUUGCGCAACCGCAAGGCCCGGCAUCGCGAGCAACGACCUCUUGACCCACCAGUUGAAGCCUACGACAAUCUACCCAAAGUCAAGAGCUAUAUCGACGAGUUAGAACAUGAAGCCAAUGACCCAACCUACAAAUCCACCCUGGACACAUCUCUCCUGCCAACUUUCCGUCGACCCAGCCGCGGUCAGGAUGAUCCGCCUAACCAAGUUACUCGCUCCCACAAACGCACCGACACUGCCGCAACACGAAUCACACCCUCCGAAACUGGCUGGUCUUUUGGCCCUGCCGAAUUGUUGGCCGAUGCUGUCUGGCUGCUACAACCUGCAAACAGAGCAUGUAUAGAGAACAAGAACGGUCACAGAAUAUUCCCCCAACAACCUCGUUCGAGUUUCGACAGCGCUAGAAGCGGUAGGCAGAGUGGUGACAGCAGACCUUCCAUCUCGCGCACAAACACUUGGGGCGAUACUGUAAAGAGUGAGGAUGAAACUGAUCGAGGUCGCAUAAGAUCAAAGUUCCUCUCUCUGCGACAUGUCGACAACACUGCUCGCAAACACUUGUUCAGAAAUAGGUCACGCUCAAGUAGCAUGUCUAGUGCUACCUCGGCACGUCCUUCGAACCGUAAGAAACAAUUCCUGGGACCUGGAAGUGCUCCUGAUCUCGACAAUACUGGUCCGUUGGAGCGUCAGAUGAAAAAGUUGAUUGAAAAGGAGACUUUGGGCAUCGAAGAAGAUUCGCCCGAGCUGAUUUCGCCAGAUAAAUGGGACAGAGGUCAUGAACAGCCAAAUGAAAAGACAAGUGCAUCGCCAAAUCUGGCCGAUAGUCCGUCUGUCAACAAUCACCAGCGAAAUAACUCCUCCAAAACCGAUGAACCCGGUACGCAUGAUGAUCGUGCUCGCUCCUCGUUCGAUGAUUCUACUGCUCCUAGCUCCCCGAUCAUCGCCAAUCACAUCCCUUCGUUUGGUAUGAGUUUGUCGCCUCCCACGAGUCGCCAAAGCUCGCCAGAGAGGAGAUUUGGUUUAUUCAGGUCUGGCAGAAAUGCUUCUGAUGACAAAGUCCAUCGCACAGACUUUGCUACCGCCAGUCUCGGCAAUCUUGCCAACUCCCGCCAUGUAAGCGACAAUGUCAAUCCGUCUCGCUCUAGUAUGGACUCCCUCCGUCCACCUGCUCCCGGCAUCAAACGCCACAAAACCUCAAACAGCAUAACCAGUACAUUAUUGAGUCCAGGCCGCCGGAUGUCCAAGGAUGUUGGUGUUGGUCGCUUCUUCAAGGGUGGUCUUAUUGGAGAUUUGGUUCGCUCGGAUAGUUCUCGUCAGAACGAGAAGACUCGUAAGAAGGAUCAACAGAUCACCUCCGAAAUGUCUGACUCGGAGGCGGAGACCGAAGAACAAGAUGAGAAUCGACCACGCAAGAUGCCACCUGUGAAUAGGUCGAAUUCUAUACUUGUCGGGGCUACCCCAAAGCAGAAAGAAAAGGAGCGACAGAAGCUAAACAACUCAAAUCUGCCAUCCUUCAAGCCGAUCAAUCGCAUUGCGGAAAGCGAUGUAGAAGAAGACCACAUUGCCCGACAAAGCAAGUUGCACAAAGAGGAAAGCAGAUCGUCCAGAUUCGACAAACUGGCUCCUCCUCGUAUUCACCUUCCUUCUCGAGGUAGAUCAUCGCCUUCGGUGUCACCAACCCGAAAAACACCUAUCUCACGCAACUCCAGCUAUGGCGGCGAACAUAGCGAACAGGAUGUGCUAGGUCCCCUACGCAAGAUCCGUCAACCCGGUGCAUUUGAAGCGAACCUACCAACAGCUGAAAACGCUUCUCCAUCUCAAUCACGACACUCAUCACCUUCAAAAAGACAUUGGAGCAUUUCAGACCGCCACGGCGAAAAUCAGGAAACAGAAUCGACAAUGGUGACUUCUCUCGACAUCGCUCGAGUGCGUGCUCUCUACCUCAGCAGCGGCAUCAAAGCCCACGAGAUUGUCCAUCGUGUCAACAGCAUCGCAGAUCCACCUUCGCAAUUCUUCAUUGCCGCUGCAAAGACGUCAAACCAAGGCAUUCAUCCAGUGCAAGUCAAGGAAGAGUUUACAGUUGCUGCACGCAUGCUACACAAGACGAUCAAAGAUCAAACAAUGUCUCUCUCCAAACAACUUACCUCUUUCCGCCAAAACCAACUUCCAGGCUUGCACGACAGACUAGCAGAUCUACGCAUCAAAGUAGACGAGAAGUUUACUCCUCUAGUCCACUCUACAGCCGACGAAGCAGACGCUUUCACCGUAGCACUUACCACACAACACACCCUAGCCAUCAAACAAGUCAACGAUGCCAUCGACAACGUCCUCCGCCGCCGCAGGAGAAAACUCAUCUUCCUCCAAAAAGCAACUUUUACAGUGCUGGAAUGGAUUGUGUUGGGAUUGUUGUGGGGAGUGUGGUUUGUGGUUAUCAUCAUUCGCUUUUUCAGAAGUUUGUUUUCUGGUGUUGUUGGUGGUGUUAGGUGGAUGCUUUGGUUGUAG